AACAAAUAGUAGAUUUGUGCCUUUUCACCACCAUGGCUCCAACAUCCACGAAAGAAACAGAAAAACACUGCGUCCUGUGCUGUCAAGAAGUCGAUAUCUUCGCCUUGGGAAAAUGCGACCACCCGGUUUGUUACCGCUGCUCCACCAAAAUGAGGGUGCUGUGCGACCAGAAGUACUGCGCCGUCUGCCGGGAGGAGCUCGACAAGGUGGUGUUCGUGAAAAAACCAGGGGCCUUCUCAUCUCUGCCCUACCAGCAGUUCCCCUGUGAGAAGAAGCAUGAUAUCUAUUUCUGUGACGAGAAGAUCUAUGCCGAAUACAGGCAUCUGCUGUUGCCUGAGUGCCUCCGCUGUUCAGAGCCGAAGGUCUUCUCCAAGUAUGAGGAGCUGGAGCAGCAUAUGAGAAAGCAGCACGAGCUCUUCUGUUGCAAGCUCUGCACAAAGCAUCUCAAGAUCUUCUCCCAUGAGCGUAAAUGGUACAACCGCAAGGAACUGGCACGUCACCGAGCGCACGGAGACCCAGACGACACGAGUCACAGAGGACACCCGCUCUGCAAGUUCUGCGAUGACCGUUACCUUGAUAACGACGAGCUGCUUAAACACUUGCGCAGGGACCACUACUUCUGCCAUUUCUGUGAUGCAGACGGUUCCCAGGAAUACUACAGUGAUUACCAGUACCUGAGUGAGCACUUCAGAGACAGUCACUAUCUGUGUGAGGAGGGCCGCUGUGCCACAGAACAGUUUACCCAUGCAUUCCGCUCUGAGAUCGACUAUAAGGCCCACAAGGCCGCAGCACAUAGCAAGAACCGAGCAGAGGCUCGACAGAACCGCCACAUCGACCUGCAGUUUAACUACGCCCCAAGACAACAGAGGAGAAAUGAAGGUAUGUUGACAGGUGAGGACUAUGAUGAGAUGCGUCAGAAUCGAGGAGGAAGAGGAAGGCCUCAUGGGGGACAGAAGAGCUGGAGGUACUCCCGAGAAGAAGAGGACAGGGAGGUCGCAGCUGCUAUGAAGGCAUCCAUGGCGAUGCACAGACAGGAGGAGAGGGGAACGAUGGGAGCGACGCAUGAGAGGAGCGCUCCCAAACACCUCAGAGAGGAGAGGACAGAGAGAAUGGAACCUGAAGAGCCCAGACACAGGACCGGAAACAUCAAACCUCCAGUAAGAACAAUGAAGAGCGCUAAUCCAGGGGAUGAAGAAGAUGACUUCCCAGCUUUAGGAGCCACAGCUGCCCCACCCAUUGUAAAGUCAGCUCCUGUGACUGUAACAGCAGUCCAUGCAGCUUUGAAGGAAGACGACUUUCCCAGCCUCUCGUCUGUAGCUGUUGCAUCACCCAUGACCCCGGCGUACUCUGCCCAGCCUAAGAAGUCUUCCUCCUUCCAAGAGGAGGAUUUCCCCGCGCUCGUGUCCAAAAUCCGACCCCUCAAACAUGCAGCCGGCACCAACUCUGCGUGGUCCAACCAUACUGCUGUAGCUAAACCCAACACUCACCCCCCUCCGUCCUCCAGACCUUCCCCUCCUCUCUCAUCUGCGCCCUCUGGCCCCCAGCUGCUCUCCUCCUCAAACUCUGCAUCUUCACAAAGGAAAAAGAAGGUUGGGGAAAAUGGAAAAGCAACAUUUACCCGCUCUCCUUCUUCUGACGAUGACAAAGGAGUGACGCAGCAGGAGUUCCGCUCAGUGCCCACCAUGUUGGAUAUCUCCUCUCUGCUCACUGUUAAAGGAGGCAACAGCAAAUCCUCCACUGUGACCUCCAACCCUCCAAACCCGACCCCCAUCAAUGAUCCCCCUACCUCUAAAGCCAGCAAGAAGAAAAAGCAGCAGAAGAUCACAGCCGCUCCCUCUGCGUCCGUGUCUUCAAUGUCAGGGUCGACUCAAACUGUAAAUACAAUGUCAGUGGAAAAGGCAGCACAAAAGGAGAACGUCCCUGAGAAGAGUUGGAACAAACCCCCCUCCAGUGCUCUCACAGCGCCAUUGAUGAGUGGAUUCGCUAAUGGCCACCCCGAGAAAUCUCCACCCAUUAGUAAGAAGGAGGCCGUUGUGAUAACCCCUCAUCCCAAGGCUGACCCCCCUCUUGAACAGGAGGAAGAGUUCCCUGCUCUCAUGACCAAGAACCCACCACCAGGCUUCAAGUCUCCCUUCCCGCUGAAGGCCCCAACUCCUGCCCCAUCCUCCGCUAUGCCCCCACCUCCACCAGGCCUGGGAAUCUCCACCACGAAACCUCCCCCAGGAUUCACUGGCAUCCCCCUCAACAGCAAUGUGGUGGAGCCUGCGCCAUCUGCAGUCAACCCGCCCCCCAAGGUACAGAGCAGUGGUUACCUGGUGCCAGAGGACUUCCAUCAGAGGAACCUGGAGCUGAUCCAGUCCAUCAGAAUGUACCUCCACAACGACGAGUCAAAGUUCAACCAGUUUAAAAACUACUCUGCACAGUUCAGACAGAGUGUGAUAUCAGCGGUCCAGUACCACAGCAGCUGUAAGGACCUGCUCGGAGAUGACUUUAACUGCAUCUUCAACGAGCUUCUGGUGCUCUUGCCGGACACUGGCAAGCAGCAGGAGCUCCUUACUGCCCAAGGAGACUCUAAGGCGCUGGAGAAGCAGUCAGGCGCUGGAGGAGGAAAGAAAAACAAGAACAAGAAGAACGCCUGGCAGACGCCGACCACAGCGGCGAACGCAGCAGCUGAGCUGGACUGCCGGGUUUGCCCCACUUGCAGACAGGUACUGGCCCCCAAAGACUUCCACUCCCACAAGACCCUGCACACAGGCGAGAGUGAGGAGUUUCCUUCCUUGCAGUCAAUUAGCCGUAUCAUCAGCUAGCCCCUCGUUUUACCUCUGCUCCGUUAGCCAUUGCGGGGCAAAUUUUCAGUUGCCCCUGCAGCAGCCAAGUGACCACGUCCUAGUGGAGUCUGGGGCUCAUAGCUCAUAAUGAAUUGGAAUUUAAGAUGUUUUUUUGUUUUUACUUUCUAUGGGGGAUCAUAUUGAUAGAUUUGUGUGAAUGGGUUCACAGUUUAAACACACAGGGUUGCCCCAUCUCGACUCUAUUUCCGACAUCCUUUGAGGACAUCUCCAGCUGGCACUGGCACUGGCAACGUCCGACUAGAACUGACUAUCUUAUUUAAUGAAAGGAGAGGCGAGCUGAGGCUAUACUUGAAUGCAUCGCUCCCCAAUACAAAAAUUGUAUUGAUUUACAUUUUUUUACCUUGCUUUGAGCUUUCACCUAAAAUAUGACAAUGUACUUUGUUAACAUCAAAAGCUGAUAAAGGUAUGUAUGAUUUCCCCAGCGGGGCUGCUUGGAUAAAUGACAAAAUAAACACAUGUUCAGUUCAACUAUUUAGCACCAUAUUUAUUUAAGUGUAGCUGUUUGAAUUGCUUUUAAUUGUUUGUUGCUUCGUGCAGAGGAAAGCCUGGUGAGUGUUUGAGUGAAUGGAUUGUUCCCGUUGGUUGGGACAGUGAGUGACAGGAAGUAAGCUGCUUCAGGAAUUGGAACAAAUUUUGGUUUAGAUUUUUUUGUUAUGUAUACCAUUUUCAUUUAUUCUGUACUUUUUAAGGAUCAGUGGUUAAAAUGAGACUAGCUCUUUCUAGUCAAGUUUCCAGGUUUUAUUACGGUAAUAAGUAAUCAUGAAGAAAUCCUUUCGUGCUAUCAUAAUGCAACACAAAAAAAGCCUCAUUCUCCACUCUGCCUUCACUUGAAUUCCAGCUUUGACACACUGGGCAGGUUUACUCUGUUUGUUAGAGGGGGACUGGUUACAUCCUGUACACAAUCUGUUCAUCUUCUCUCUCUCAGGACCGUGUGUGUGUGUGUGUGUGUGUGUGUGCUUGUUUGUUUGUUUAGAGUCUUUCUAAACAUCACACAGCAGCUUACUCUAUUUUCUGUCUGGCUUCAAUAAAACGGUUUCUGUUA